GAGAAAGAGAGAGAGAGACACCACGCUGGGGCCCUGGGGAGCUCCUGAGCGGUUUCUUGGGGGCCACUCCCCUCCGGGCGUUUACAUCUCCCUGGUCCCUCAGGGACCCUCUGCUCCCACAUGAGACAGGCGGGGGGCUGCCGUCGCGGCAGCAACAUGCAGGCGGAACUGAAGACACCGGUGCCUUGUUGCCAGGGGAGGGGAGGCCGGGCUGGCUGUGCACUGAUACCCCGGCAGCGAGAGAGGGGCAGCGGCGUGAUCUGCAGUUCGCCUAACUACAGUAUGGUGCUGUUUCGGUAUUUGUGCCAACUCUACAAACGAUUGCUUCUGUCCAGUUUAGAAACUAGCUCAAUAAAUGUAGGUAUUUGGGCCAGAAAUAUACAUUCUUCAGCAGAAAGGCUGGAAGUGACUUAUGACCAUGGAAUUAAAAAACAAACAAUGCAUAACCAUGAAGUUCAAAAGCUACAUCAAAGUGCAGAUGAUGAAGAUUGUAGAAGACCACACAUACCUGUGAUGGUGAAAGAAGUUGUUAAUUGUUUAUCACCCCAACAAGGGCAGCGUAUGCUUGAUAUGACGUUUGGAGCAGGAGGUCAUACUACAGCUCUUCUACAGAAAGUAACUGAUAUUACAAUAUAUGCACUAGACAGAGACCCAGCAGCUUAUAAAAUAGCUCGGCAACUUUCAGAAUCAUAUCCGAAACAGAUUCAGGCUCUUCUAGGGCAGUUUAGCCAAGCAGAAACCUUGUUAAUCUCGGCUGGAGUGGAACCAGGAAUGCUAGAUGGAGUUCUUUUGGAUGCUGGGUGUUCCUCUAUGCAGCUUGAUACUCCCGAAAGAGGUUUUUCCCUGCGAAAGGAUGGUCCUUUGGAUAUGAGGAUGGAUAGUGGCAGGUAUCCUGACAUGCCCACCGCUGCUGAUGUUGUGAAUGCUUUAGAUCAACAGGCGCUUGCGUCCAUCCUGAGAACAUACGGGGAGGAGAGGCACGCCAAGAAAAUAGCUUCAGCAGUCGUUCAGGCACGCAGCAUCUACCCCAUCACCAGAACUCAGCAGCUUGCCAGCAUUGUUGCAGGUGCUUUUCCAGCAGGAGCUUUGUAUGCCCGAAAAGACUUACUUCAGAGACCUACACAUGUUGCCACCAAAACUUUCCAAGCCUUGCGUAUAUUUGUGAAUGAUGAGCUCCGUGAACUCUAUGUAGGGUUGAAGAUAGCUGAGAAGUUUCUGAAACCUGGAGGUCGACUUGUAGCCCUUUCUUUUCAUUCACUAGAGGAUCGUAUCAUCAAACGAUUCCUUCAAGGAAUAGAUGUUUCAGAAAAGUUCAACCUUAACAUAAGACAGAAGAUAAGACAAGGAGAAAAAAAUUAUUCCGAACAAGAUGUGGAAGAAUUCUCCAGUGAAAAAUCCAACCCAAGAUGGACAUCUAUACAGAAAAAAGUGCUUACUCCCCAGGCUGCAGAUGUUCAAGAGAACCCAAGAGGGCGGUCUGCCAAACUAAGAGCUGCUAUCAAACUGUAAAAUAAAAUAAAAUACUCCGAUUUUCUCUUUAUAUUAAAUAUGCUUUUGUAAAUUUUCAUCGUUCAGACUGUACAGAAAUGGUCACAUUGAAGAAUAAAAGGAAAGAA